ACUCACUCCAGUUUGCCCAUCAAAUUAAUCCUCUUUCUUCCUAACGCACCAAAACCCACAAGCCCUACAGCCAAACCACUUUCUUUACCUUCUUUCAAGUUUCAACCCCCCAUGCACCUAAUAACGUAGCAAACCACCGCCUGUUCCUCUCCUUCAAAUUCAUAGCAACCAACGUAGACGCAUAAUCGAUCAAGAUUUUAGACAGACGAGCCAGCAUUAUGGCGAUCAAAAUGCAAUAUGGCUCGAAACAUCCGGCGGUGCUAAUAAGCAUGGUCCUUCUGACUGCCUACGUAGUAGGCCCAGCCCACGGGGAUGACACCCCAGGCGCGCCCGGCGAGGGCAAGUGCGGCUCGUGCACUCCAAGCCCACCUUCGCCGGUUCAAUCCCCACCACCACCACCACCACCAUCACCGUGUCCUCCUCCACCACCAAAAUCGCAGCCACCUUCUCCCAAGAAGCCGCCUUCUCCCAAGAAUCCACCGUCACCAUACUCGCCUGGUCAAUACCCGCCUCCACCGCCUUCAUCGUUGGUAUACAUCACAGGUCCGCCAGGGCAGUUGUACCCUGUCGACCGGAAUAUCAACAGUGCCAGUCGGAGUUCGGUUAACGCGUUGCCAGUUUUGCUAGGACUGCUGGGUAUCCUGGCUUUUUGGUGAUCAGUUAUGACUUGUUAAUUCAUAUGGUAAGUACGUAUUACAAAAUUAAUUCAGAUGAUUAUAAGGGAGAUAAAAUUGAAUUUCUGGGUGUUAUAGUGAAGGAUAAAGAGUUUGAAGGCAGGAUUAUCAGUUUUUGUAAUCCAGGAAACUAUUAAGGGCCCAAGGAUUGGUUAAUAAUUUUGUUAAUUCUUGCUCUAAUCUCAUAUCUCGCCAAUUGUGUAAUAAUCUUCCAUAAAAUCUUUCAAGUUCAAUUUUAUUAUGAAUAGCAUUAGAGUACAUAAUCACUUUUAUUUUUCCAA